AUGCCUUUUAAACUGAAGUCGAAGAUCAGUGCAUCUACCGGCGAUAUCUCUUCAACAGCCCACCCUCAGGUUGCUGAUCCAAACAUUGUAGAGGAUACCGAUGAUAUCGACGAAAAUGAUGAUGCGGGUCAAUCCAUCCUUAUGGGUAUUAUUACUCAAUUGAAGCCAGGGUGUGAUUUGUCACGGAUCACUUUACCUACAUUCAUUUUAGAGAAGAAAUCGAUGUUAGAGAGAAUUGCAAACCAAUUGCAAUUCCCAGACCUUUUACUAGAAGCUCAUAAGGAAAAAGACGAAUUGGAAAGGUUUAUAAAAGUUGUUAAAUGGUACCUUUCAGGGUGGCAUAUUGCCCCUAAAGCGGUCAAGAAGCCAUUGAACCCUGUAUUGGGAGAGUAUUUCACAGCCUAUUGGGAUUUACCCAAUAAGCAGCAAGCUUUUUAUAUUGCUGAGCAAACUAGUCACCAUCCUCCCAAGUCAUCUUACUUCUAUAUGAUUCCCGAAUCAAACAUCAGAGUAGAUGGUACCACAAUUCCCAAAUCUCGAUUCCUAGGUAACUCCACAGCUGCAAUGAUGGAAGGGUUAUCCGUAUUGCAAUUUUUGGACAUCACUGACCCAAAGACAGGAAAGCCUGAAAAAUAUACACUUACUCAACCUAAUAUGUACGCUAGAGGGAUUCUUUUUGGUAAAAUGAAACUUGAAUUAGGUGACCACAUGCUUAUUAAGGGCCCCAAAUACCAGAUCGAUAUAGAAUUCAAGACUAAGGGUUUUAUUUCAGGUACCUAUGAUGCCAUUGAAGGUAUUAUCAAAGAUUAUAAUGAAAAAGAAUACUAUGAAAUUACUGGUAAAUGGAACGAUUUAAUCUAUUAUAAAGAUUUAAGAGAAAAGCAUUCGAAGAAGGCUGUCUUAUUUGAUACUAACACGGCAGUACCACUCAAGCCAAGCGUUAGACCACUAGAAGAGCAGGGUGAAUUUGAGUCAAGAAGACUUUGGAAGAAAGUCACCGACGCGUUGGCGAAACGUGAUCAUGUUGAAGCGACAGACGAGAAAUUCAAAAUAGAAAACAACCAGAGAAUUUUAGCCAAAAAGAGGAUCGAAGAUGGCGUCGAAUUCCAUCCAAAACUGUUCAGAACUGCUUCUCCUGGCGAUGAUUUAGAAUUUUAUGUCUACAAAAGCAUUCCACCAGGUACCGAUCACGAAUCUCAUGAGGACCAGAUUAAAUCAAUUCUCGAGAUUGCACCAAUCGUCCCCGGUCAAAAAUUUACUGAAAAAUUUUCUAUUCCCGCUUACCAAAAGCAUGAUAUUCAACAAAAGGAGCUUAAUUAG